UGUUAUCGCGGCUGAAACGGAAUCAAUGCGGUGUCGAUAACAAUAUUAAUAAUUUAUAAGGAAGUCGGAAGAAGGAAAAGAAACGACUCGCCGGUCUCUGCGUGUCUUUGAGAUUCUCCCGGGUCUCACUGGAAAUAAAAUUAGCCUUGCAGUGAUCGCGUGAAACUUUAUUAAUUUAUUAUUCGCUAUACAAACGCUUGACCCGGCUAUUAGCUAGGCCCGUUUUCAUUAAAGGGAGUUUAUGCUCUCUAAUUAAUGGAGCCUUUUUAAUUAAUCUACCGAGUCCCUAAUCUCAUCAAGACGCAACUCGGCGAUGCUUGGAUGCGUGGCAGAAGAUGCAAUGAAAUUCCGAGUGCAUUAGCUUCCCUCGUCUAUGUAUAUUUUGACAUUAGACUCGAGACAAUGAAAACUUUGCCAAUUUCUUGUUGACCCGACAACAUGAGAUAUUCAUGAACAAAGGUGAAAGGCCGAUGCAACAGAUUCCACGAGGAUGUCAAAUCUGAAUUUUGGCUAGAACUCAACGAAUGUCACAUUUUGUGACACACUGUGAUAACAUAUCGGUCAGCUUUCCCAGAAUUGACAGUAAUGGGCGUACAGUGAAUUACGUGACAGUCAUGUGAAUUGAGUGAACAUCGGUCUUAUCCAAAGUUUUCGCAAAGAUCCUUCGCGGACUGUUUAUCGGUGUGAAAGCGCUUGAGAAAAUAUGAAAAAUCAAAAUUUUCAUUAAACUACUCGAUCGUGCGACAAUUCUUGGAAAUACCAAAGGAAGACAUCGUUCCAGAAUGCAACGACUAUUUCUCCCACUGUUACUUCUCUGCCUGCUGAAUCUAAUGACGAUUGGGACUGGACGUCUGAUCGAUGGAAUUUUCACGGAGCCGAGAUUGGAGCCUGGAUACAAUUUGGUGGCGACCAUUCCGCGCGGAGCUUCCGCACUGAACGUAACGGAACUACGUCACACGCAAAACUAUCUCGCCAUAAGGCUAAGGGACGGCAGCUUCCUUAUCAAUGGUAACUACAACAUCAAUUGGUCUGGCGAGUACGAGGCAGCCGGCACGACUUUUGUCUACUUGCGACAAAGUUCCCAGCACUUGGAGAGUUUCGCAGCAGCUGGACCAUUGACCGAGCCUAUUGACGUUAUGGUCCUGUACCAAGAACCGAACCCUGGAAUCGUCUACCGUUACGUAAUGCCACAUGGUCCGAAUCCAUUGCAGCCGAAUUCUCGAGCGACCUACGGCGCAGCCCUGGGAAAGACUUCCGACUUCACGCCGCCAGGUCCUCAUCAGAGAAACUUCCACCGUUACAGGGCAGAGCCAGGUAGUCCGAUGGUCCACGAUGAGCCUCCAGCGCCACCGAGGAGGUUCCGAAAGAGGAAGUUCGUCUGGAAAGCAAGCGGGUUGACGGAGUGCAGUAAAUCAUGUGGCGGAGGUGUUCAGAGCAUAAAAUACAUCUGCGUCCGUGAACUGACUCAGGUACAGGUGCUCGAGAAAAGAUGUCACGCUUUGGAGAAGCCAACCUCUUCUGGUGUAAAGUGCAACAUCAAGCCAUGCCCGGCAAAAUGGCGCAGUGGACCCUGGAGCGAAUGCUCCGUUAGUUGCGGGAGCGGUAUACGUAAACGUGAAUUGGAAUGCGUCCAGGAAGUCAAUUCCGUGCUGACGAUCCGGGUAGCCGACGGUGCUUGCCUAGACCCAAAAACUCUUCCAACGAGCGAAAGCUGCACGAUGCCAGAGUGCGACGAGCGUGGGAAAAUCGCUCAGUCGAAUCUUCCGUCGCCAUAUUGGAGCGUCGGAGGAUGGUCUUCGUGCUCGACGACCUGCGGUCUCGGAACGCGUAACAGAGUAAUCACCUGCAUUACUUCAGGGCGUCCUUGUUCCAUGGAUGAUAAACCGGACGCCCAAGAGUCUUGCGACCCUGGACCAUGUUUGACUAAGUCAACAGCGAGCAACGUAAUUUCUUCAGGUUUUCAUGGGCCCCAAUGGCUGUUCACCGAAUGGUCCCGGAAGUGCUCUGCGGAAUGCGGCACUGGGAUACAGACCAGGAGAGUCUUUUGCGGAACUUCGAGCAGAAACGAAUCCUGCGACGAAUCGAAUCGUCCUGAUACUACGAGAACGUGCUCGAGCGACAGGGCCUGCAGCGGUCAAUGGUUCGCAGGACCCUGGACCCAGUGUUCUUCGACUUGUGACUUGGGUGAACAAACAAGGGAGGUUGCGUGUGUGACAAUGUUGCGUGGAUCACUAAGGGUUGUAUUGGACAUGAAUUGUCCUGCGAGCAAACCUGAGCUGAAGAAACCCUGCAGAGGACCACCUUGUGCUCCAUCCUGGUUCACGUCGGACUGGACACAGUGUUCAAGAUCCUGUGGCAAAGGGAUGCAGAAGAGGGAAGUGAAAUGUCUGUCGGUAAACGGACAAACGUUCGAGCAAGAUCAUGCAUCCUGUACGGAAAACGAACGUCCUGCAGCGCGCAGAGCUUGCAACGAGUAUCCUUGCAAAAGCAAUCAGGACACGUACGGGGUUGAAAAUUCGCACAGGGUGAUGCAAGUUCAGAACGAUCCGGAGAUAUCGAACGGUCUGGAUGAGAAUCCAUUGUGCAAGGAUAAUUUUCCAAAUUGCAACCUCGUCAUGCAGGCUCGACUAUGUGCUUAUCCAUUCUAUCAGAAAUCCUGUUGCCUCUCGUGCUCGAGCGCCAAGCAGGAAAAUGAAUGAUAAAUCUUUUUAUAACUGGUAAAAAAGAAAUAUUCAAAUUACUUAAAACACCUAGGGAGCAACUCGAUUUGGAACGAAGCUCCUGUCGUGCUUGACAAUAAGAUUGAGAUCUGAUCUCUAUAUUGAAUAAAUGUGAUUCGUAAUAGCAACGCGAUUAUUAAUAGCAAUACAAAAUUAUUUAUUAUGAUUUUUACUUAAGAACAAUUUCGUGUUGUCAUCAGUUACCAGUCCUGUUCGAUACUGGAUUUUUUCUAUUGUUAAUACCAAUUUAGUACAGUUUACGAGAGCCAAUUCUUAAAAAUAACCCAAAAAUCAAAUUAAGUUUAUUGACCAAAUAUUUAAUGAAAGUUUCGCGAAUUAACGCUACGCCCAUAGCAGUGCUUCUAUUUAGAGUCUAGAGUAGAGAGUAUUAAUAAUACUUAUAAGAAUGCGAAGAUGUUGACAUGCGUUAUCAGAAAAAUAUGAAUUUUAUAAAUGUUAUGCCGCUCAGGAAUAACAGUAAUAGUCGACUUUAGAAUUAAUGCGAUGUCUACCAUAGUUAUAGUUAAUAAGCUUCACGUAUCUCGCUUUUUUCAUGUUAUCGUAAUAAACGUAAUAUGAUACUUUUC